CAGUAUUUCUUGGAACGCUGCUCCGGCCGAGCGUCUGUUACUCCGGAUGGUGAACAUUUUCGCCAGACUCAGCCACACAACCAUGAUCCUGAUCGAUAUAAAAUUGAAUCGAGAGCCUUUCGCCACGCCUUAAUGGACCGGUGCCGGAGAGGUGACCAUACACCCUACCGGGUCAUGUAUCACGAAGAGAGACGGAAACUGCGAAUUUCUAGGCAGGCUGCAGCAAGGAUUCCGCUCGUUUCCCUUCGAUCGUCAAUGCGGAGGGCUCGCUUGGAAAAUCGACCCAGGAUACCACAUUCUCUAAAAGAUUUUGAUAAGGUGCUGCGGUCAAGGAGAUAUAGACGUCUGUCGCGUACGAUGGAUGGCAAGGAUAACGUGUAUGCUGGGCGUGCUGGCAGUGCGGCGGACAAAACCAUAAGUCUCAUUUUCGUCACUAGAAGGAUGCGGCGUUACAUGAGGAAAGUGAAGCGAAUUUUCUGUGACGGAACUUUUUCCCCCGUUCCUCGAGGCAUGAAGGCAUAUCAAGUGUGGACAAUAAGCACGAUCCGAGAACAUCAUGUCGUUCCCCUGGUGCGCGUACUCAUGCGGAGGCGUACACGGAAAGCUUAUGAGGCCGCCCUGGAAAAGAUACAGGCCCUAGUACCGCAGUUCAAGCCUCAGCAUAUUUUCGCGGACUACGAGUCCGGCGAACAGAAGGCACUGGCGAACGCUUUUCCUGACGCAGACUGCAGCGGCUGUCUGUUCCAUUAUGCAAAAUCAGUCGGUGGCAAGUCUAAGAAGCUGGGCAUGACCAAGAAAAUCAAAGAUUCCCCCCACGUGCGCCGCGUCGUGCGCUCCUUCUGCGCAUUGCCACUUCUUCCCCAAUCCUACAUUAUUAGAGGGUAUAACUCACUCUUGAAAACGGCCACCAAGAAACGUGUAGCAGCUACAAUACUGCCCCUUGCCAACUACUGGCAGACACAGUGGCUGAACAAAGUUCAUCUUUUGUCUGUCAGUGGGUGCGAAGACAGAACAACAAAUGGAAGUGAAUGCGACAACCGUAUGUUUCAAGAUGCAGUUCGACAGGCAAGGCCCAAUUGUUGGGAUUUUAUGGAUGGAGUUCUUGAAAUGGAGGACUGCACACAUCAAGACAUAGCAGUUAUGGAGGCUUUGAGGAGGCCAAGUCGAAUACGAUCCACUGCUGCUGUCUCCAAUGACUCUAAAAUUCAAGCUCUGACACGGCAACUUGAAGAAGGUUUAAUUUCCGUGCGUGGAUUUCUCAAAACUGCCAGCUACACAAUUGUGGGCGCGUUCAACAGGGGCCUAAAUGGAAAGAAAAAGAAAAAAAACGUGUAA